AUGCCACAGUCAAUCAGAAGAGCCAACCCACCUAUCACUGACUCCGUCUUCGAGAUGUUCUCGAUGAAGGACAGACUCGUCAUUCUCACCGGCGCGUCCGGCGGCAUCGCCCACGAAGUCGCUCGUGGCCUUGCAGAGGCGGGGGCCAACCUCGCGCUCUGGUACCACAAAAACCCCUCCGCAAAGACGCUGGCCGAAGAGCUGAUUUCCAAAUACGGAGUCAAGGCCAAAGCGUACCAGGUGGACGUGCGCCACUAUGAAGAGGUCGAAUCUGCCGUUGCUGCUGCGCUCGCGGACUUCGACGGCAAGCUCCACUGCAUGAUUGCCAACGCAGGCAUCCCUGCCAAGGCCGGUGGACUGGACCAAUCUCUGGAGGCUUUCCACGACGUGGUGGACACAGACUUCAACGGAGCGUACUACUGCGCCCGUGCAGCAGGAUUUGUGUUUAGAAAACAGGGCUUUGGAAGCAUGAUUUUCACCGCCUCCAUGUCGGGCCACAUCGUCAAUGUGCCACAGCAGCAGGCAGCCUACAACGCUGCCAAGGCGGGCGUCAUCCAUCUGUCCAAGUCGCUUGCGGUUGAAUGGGCCGAUUUUGCCAGAGUCAACUCCGUCUCGCCAGGAUACAUCGACACGGCCAUUUCGGGCGACUGUCCGUUCGAAAUGAAGGAGGCUUGGUUCAGGGCCAUCCCUAUGCACAGAGACGCCGAUCCACGUGAACUCAAGGGCAUCUACCUGUAUCUGGCCUCGGACGCGUCCUCGUACACGACCGGCAGCGACUUCAUUGUCGACGGCGGAUUCUGCUGCCCGUAA